AUGAAUGAUGAGAUGAAUGUACUUGUGGUGGACAGUGGCACAAGCCACACGAUCCUAAGAGACAAAAGAUUAGACGUCCAAGAUGGACAGUGUCAAGUGGCUACAGAGUCUAGGCAACGUCUAAAACGUGGCAGACCAAUUGGUUCCAAAGAUAAACAGCCUCGGAAAUCCAAGAAAGGUGCUGGAACCGAGAGCAUAAAGGAAACCAUCCAGGACAUAGAUGGAUCGGUCGAGCCGAACAGAAUGGUCGAGCUGAAUGUACCGACCACACCCGAUGAUCCGGCCGUCCCUCCAAGUGAGUGGGCGCUAGACACAAGGAUCAGUCUAAAGUCCAAAGGACUCGGUGAUACCAUCACUGAGGGUAAUGAUGAGAAUGAAAAGAAUAGAUACAGGGCCAUAUGUUAUAUGCGCCAUCAUCUCAUCGAAGGUCUUAAGGAUCAGUACAUGACAAUUGAGAGUCCACUCGAUCUUUGGAAUGCUUUAAAGCACAGAUACGAUCACCAAAAGAUGGUGUUGCUUCCAAAGGCAAGACACGACUGGAUGCAUCUCAGGUUCAUGGAUUUUAAGUCCGUGGACGAGUAUAACUCAGCCUUGUUCAAAAUCGUUUCUAUACUAAGGCUAUGUGGUGAAGAAGUGUCCGAUGUGAUGAUGCUUGAAAAGACCUAUACGACUUUCAAUCAAUCGAAUUCUGUGUUGCAGCAGCAUGGAGCAAGGCCGGUCGGGACAGCACCAUUACCCGAAGCCCAUGAUGUGGAAAGGAAAUAUCCCAAAGAAACCAACUACGCCCAAGACAACAGGAAACCAUACGGUCAAGGCCGUGGUGGGUACAGGGGACGUAGACGUGACAAUCAUAACGGUAGAGAUAACUACUCAGCCGGCCGAAGGGGAAACCACCAUAACCGUGGUCGUGGUUCCAAUUACGGUCGGGGCCGAGGGAGUUAUGGCCGUGGACGAGGUGGCAUAUCCAAACCAUCUUACACGUCCAAGUCUUUAUGUCACAGAUGCGGGAUGGACAAUCACUGGGCCAAGAACUGUAGAACUCCAAAGCACUUGUGCGAACUCUAUCAAGAGAGUAUCAAGAACAAGAAUCCGGAGGCAAAUAUGAUCCAAGAGAACGGUCAAGAUGACAAGGGAUAUGAUGCUGACAAUGAAUCCGACAGGGACAGCAAAGAUGACCAAAUGGAUUUUGAGACGUCUGACUGUCUAAAGGACUAG